AUGGAACUUCCAAGCCUAAAUUCAAAAAUUCAUCUGAUACUUGUGUGUUGCUUUUGCACGCUGAGCUGCAUCUUUGCAGAAACGGUAGCCUCCUCCGUGCUCAAGGGGAAUGAGACAGACCUCUUAUCAUUGCUUGCAUUCAAAGCCAAUGUGCUUGAAGAUCCCUUACGUGCUUUGAGCUCUUGGAAUGAAUCUUACCACUUCUGCCAGUGGCCAGGCAUCAAAUGUGGCCGCCAGCAUCAGAGGGUAAUUGCUCUGGAUUUACAGUCAAAAAAGCUAGUGGGAUCCAUAUCACCACACCUUGGUAAUUUAAACUUUCUGAGGGAGUUAAUGCUUCAGAACAACAGCUUCAACUAUCAAAUCCCUGCAGAGAUUGGCCGAUUAAGAAGACUCCAUAUUCUGAUGGUAAAUAAUAACUCAAUUGAUGGCCUUAUUCCGCCCAAUAUAUCUCGUUGCUCAAGCCUUAACAUCAUCGAUAUUUCUUACAACAAAUUGUCUGGGGAGGUUCCAAUGGAGCUGGGCUACUUGGCAAAGCUCAAGAAAGUAAUCAUUCAUGACAACAAUCAUGAGGGAAGUAUAUCUCCUUUUGAGAGUUUAGAUAUGCAGCGUAAUCAACUCAUAGGAAGUAUUCCCACUGAGAUUGGAAAGCUUCAAAAGCUACAAGACUUAAACCUCUUGAACAAUAAACUCUCCGGUAACAUACCUUACUCCAUUGGAAAUUUGAGUUUGUUAAAUCAACUAGUUUUAGGAAUUAAUAAUCUUGAGGGAAGCAUUCCUCCAAGCUUGGGAGAAUGCAAGAAUCUGCAACUUCUAUUUCUUGCUCAAAACAACCUGAGUGGUGACAUUCCAAAACAAGUUCUAGGCCUUUCAUUAAUAUCAAAUGAGGUGGACCUAUCCCAAAACCAACUAAAUGGUUCCCUUCCUUUGGAAGUUGGAAAUAUGAUUAAUCUUGGGUACUUGGAUGUCUCCGGUAACCAUUUGUCAGGUGAAAUUCCCAUCACUCUUGGUAGUUGCGUAAGUUUGGAAACACUACGCGUGGCAAGCAACUCAUUUUGGGGCCAUAUUCCUUCUUCUUUAAGUUCCCUAAAAGGAAUCCAAGAGUUGGACCAUGCAAACAAUGAACUGUCUGGUGGAGUCCCAGAGUUCCUAGAGAACUUUGCCCUGUUGGAAAGUUUGAAUUUGUCAUUUAAUAAUUUUGAAGGCCCUGUACCAACGAAGGGGAUAUUUGCUAAUGCUAGUGCAAUAUUAGUGGAGGGAAACCUUAAGCUUUGUGGAGGUGUACAUGGACUGCAGUUGCCUCAUUGUAGCUUCAAAGCGCAUGGCAAAAAGAGAUCAUACAGUACCUUAAAAUUAGUGUUAUCCAUCACUUCUUUUAGAAGAGAAUUCAGCAGUCAAAAGAUUAUAGAGUGCUUGAAAUUGAUACUCGAAGUUGGAGUAAAUUGUUCGUCCAACUUGCCUGAAGAAAGAAUGGCAAUCAAUGAUGUUAAAGCGGAGUUGGAGUUCAUUAAGGACAGCCUUUUGGGAUCUUAA